GCAACGGCGCUGAAGUCCAAAAACAAACAUCAGUAUCCUCCUCGUUUCGUGUUCGUUCAAAUCACCAAAUGCUUCAAGUAAACUUCCAAAAUUCUCUUCCUCUUCCAUCCCUAAUCCCUCCUCACUUUGCGUCAUUAUCGCCGCCGUCUCCGCCUUUCUUCCCGGGGCCGCAGUCCAAUCCCUGAGAUGACGUCGGGAUCUCUCGCAGCCGCGCAGACUCCCACACUCCGGACGGUUGUCAUUCCGUUUACGCAACUUAAAGAUAAAGAUGCUGAUCUGUCCAUGAAAAUUGAAGAAGGAUUUGGACCAGAUGGAUUGGGAAUUAUAUCAAUAUCUGAUGUUCCUGGGUACACUGUAUUGAGACAAAAUCUUUUAAAUCUUGCUCCUAUUUUAGCCAAACUUCCUGAAAAGGUGAAGAAGGAUCUAGAAGAUCCUCAAAGCAGAUAUAACUUUGGAUGGAGCCAUGGAAAAGAGAAGCUUGAAUCUGGAAAACCUGAUCUGCUAAAAGGUUCUUUUUAUGCAAAUCCAUUAUUAGAUGUACCUACUACUGAUGCUUUACUACUUCAAAGGUACCCUGCAUACUGUGGAUCAAAUAUUUGGCCUCAAACUGCAUUGCCUGAACUUGAAGUCGCUUUUAAAGCGCUUGGAAAACUUAUUCUCGAUGUCGGUUUACUUGUAGCAUAUCAUUGUGAUAAAUAUGUGUCGAAUGAGAUAGAUAUGCAGUCCAAUGAAGGGAUUGAGCAGAUUGUGUUCCGUUCUCGGUGUCAUAAAGGUCGUUUGCUGUAUUACUUUCCUGCUGAAAAAGGUAAUGAUGUUGAUGAUAAUGACUCCAUGUCAUCAUGGUGUGGCUGGCAUACAGAUCAUGGUUCUCUCACUGGUCUCACGUAUGCCAUGUUUACCAAAGACGGUGUAGAAAUACCAUGCCCCGAUAAUACUGCUGGUCUUUAUAUCAAAACAAGAACCGGUCAAAUAGUCAAAGUGAUGUACAAGGAGGAUGAAAUUGCAUACCAAAUUGGCAACAUAACCGAAAUACUUUCAAGAGGUCGUCUUUGUGCAACACCACAUUGUGUUCGUGCACCAAAAGGAGAAAAAGCAACAGGACUUGAACGUUCAACUUUUGCAUUUUUUAUGCAACCUGACUGGGAUGAAAAGCUUAAUUUUCCGGAGUCGGGGCAUGUCAAUCAGGAGUUGAUACAGGCUAAUGAAUUGCUUACAUUCGGAGAGUACACAGAGAAGCUCCUUGACAAGUAUUAUCAUCUGAAAAAUGUAGAGACACCCGAUAAAGUUUAAUGUGUCAAAUUUAAUAGCUUAGGAUCUUCUUUGUUAAUUUGAUGAUGCCUUUUCAUUAUUUGAAAUUUGCUCAUAUAAUGUGAAGAAAAUGACGAAAUGAUUAUGGCUUCUAUAAUAUACUUGUAAUAAGAUUGAAUAAAAAUAAUGUAAAUCAAUAACAUUUUACUAUUAU